CCAUUUUACCGCUACAAGAUGGAACACCUACCGGACAAGCCUGCAAAAGUGGCUGGAGUUGGAGGGGGAGUGUCGGGAUGUGGCUGCCAACUUCAGACACUGUUUGGAGGUGGAGUUUGACAGUAUUCCAGCAGAUGCCGGCUUCCAUCAUACAUGCUACAGGAGAUUCAAGCCAUCUCAAAGGUGGAUCGACGGCUUGCACGAGAAAGACCGCAACAAGGUACGGAAGACGAGGCCAUUCCGUCGACGUCUGGCUGCAGUCCAACCAAGAAACUGCGAUCCCGGUCAGGACUGCCAAUCGCAGGCUCUGGCCCCGUACUUCCUCCCAUUUGCAUAAUAUGCAAGAAGAAGGAAAGGCUUAUCAACCGAGCAGGCAAGCGUAAAAGGGAUCCUCUAUCUAAGGCCGAAACAUUAACAGCAGGAAUGAGCCCAUGUUUGAUAGCAGCUACAGAGUGUUCUGUGAGAGGAUCAUUCGGCAAAGGCUGCUUAUCAACAAAGAGGUGCUAAGAAUGGGCCAGCUGAGGAAGGCCUUCAUUGAUCUGGUUAAAGAAAAUGAAGAUAUUGAUGCCUCAAACUACAGACUGGAAAUGUUGAAGAAGAGGCUGACUCGUGAUUUCCCCCAGCUGGUGUUUCACCACCACGCUGGUGUUUGCCCACCAAGCGCAACAUCUGCGAGCUGGUUUUUGUAGAGAGUCUGUCAAAGGAUACACUAGUGGACAUGCUGCCUCAUCCAUCAGGUGCGGAGACCACACAGUCAAGUGAGUUGAGCCAGACGGACAGCUAGACUGAAAAAGGGACAACUAAGUGCCAAACAACACAAGAGGACACAAGGACACUAUAUACAGCAGCAUUGUUCUUAAAAAGACAGCUUAGUGACACUCCUGGCAUGUCAUGCCCAUGGCCUCCAACUUCUGAAAAUGUGAAUGUCUCUGAAGCACAAACUGUCGUUUCCCUUGCACUAUACAAUGUAGUUAGCUGGAUUAUAGGCGCCACUGAGGAGCCAACACUGGAUUAUUAUGUCAACAUUGCUGAUGACUUGCAUUUGAAAGUGGUAUCUCUUUGUCAAGACAUUGUGUACCUUGCUUCCAAGGGCCGUAAGCAGACACCUAAGUCCUUGACUUUAGGUUUAACUGUUCGACAUUUAACAGGAUCAACACGCAUUGUGUCACUGCUUAACAGACUGGGACAUUGUGCAUCAUGGGACACAGUUUUGAGUUUAGACACUAGCCUUGCCCAACUGACACUAGUAGAACGAGACAAAAUACCAAAGGGAUUCUCAAAGAGGGCACCCACAACACUUGUGUGGGAUAACAUUGACUAUGGGGAGGAGACUCUAUCAGGUCGUGGAACUACUCACCAUACAAAUGGAAUUAUGCUCCAGAGUUUGGCCAUCGAGCCUAUGUCCACAGCAAUCAGACAGCCACUAAGGAAGAGAGUUUCCUCAUUCAAAGCCCCCCCUCAAAUGCCUAUAGAACCAUACCAUCAGUCCAAAAGGCAAGGGCUACAGAACUUGAAUCAACCACUGCAGGCAGCAACAUGCAGAAUGGACACCCACUUUGCUGCACAAGCUGAAUUGGCAUAUGUUUUUGUGAAGUCCACAUUUACGGAUAGAUGUGCAAUCCCAAGCUGGACAGGGUUUCAUACACUGCUUCAAUGUGAAAAUGCUCUGCAGAAGUCAGCACUGUAUUAUCUUCCAGUAAUUGAGGCCUCACCAACAGAGAUGUCAACAGUUAACACUAUCCUGAAGCGAAGUGUCCAGAUUGCUGACCAGCUAGAACUGGAUCAUAUUGUUUUAGUGUUUGACCAGGCAAUAUAUGCCAAGGCACAGCAAAUACGCUGGAAGAAUGAUGGCUUUAUGCAACGUUUAGUGAUUAGAUUAGGCGAAUUCCAUACAUGCAUGUCCUACCUGAGUAUUUUAGGCAAAAGGUUUGGAGCUGCAGGACUGCAAGACAUCCUCAUUGAAUCAGAAGUUGUUGCCCCAGGAUCCAUCAAUGGGGUAAUAAAUGGUCAUCACUUACAAUCGCAGCAUGAGAGCUCAUAAACUUCUCUAUGAGAGUCUGCAGCGCAUCAGGUUUAUCAGCUUCUUGGACUCCUUGCCACCACAAGAGAGAGCUGUGUGCAUGGAUGUCAUCACUGACAUGAAAUGUGACUUUCCAGACAGACGGAUGGAUGUUGUGAGUGCAGAUCAGAGGUUUGAUAGCAUGUGUUCCAAAUAUGCUGACUUUGUGCAGAGGAAAAGUAAAGAGAAUGCAACAUUUGCUUUCUGGAGCUCAUACAUUGACAUGAUGCAGCUACUCCUCCUGUUUGUGAGAGCAACGCGAGAGUCAAACUGGCAGCUUCACCUGUCAACAGUCCGAUUAAUGAUGCCAUGGUUUUUUGCCUACGAUCGUGUCAAUUAUGCUCGUUAUUUACCUGCGUACUGGCUGGAAAUGGUGAAUUUGCCCAUCACACAUCCCUCUUGCCACAGUGAGAUGAAUGUGAAAGGCCAGUGGACUGUCCAGUGACAAAGUGUUGGAUUUGCCUCCAUUGCUUGCGACCAGGCUAUUGAACAAACACUUAACAGAGAUGCCAAGACAAAAGGUGGCUGGACAGGGAUCACACAAAAUCGGGCUGCAGUGUAUCGCUGGAUACUGUCACAGCAUGAAAGAGCUGCUAUAGCAAGACAGUGUGAAGCAAUGGCAGGGAUAUCUCCUGAGCUACGGACACGAAAAGACCUUGACAACACACGCAUUGAUGCUGAUGAAAAGGCUGUUUGCAGAAUCAUUUCCACCAUUGAUUCCAUGCUCAACCCUUUUGAUGUAUACCAAGAUGGCAUUGUGUGUCUUAGCUCUGGAAGAGUAGCAACAGAAGAUAUCAUGACAGAUUUGCUUGUUGCCUCAGAAAAGGGUGAAAAUGCUGUAAAAGAAUUUAUGGACCAGAGACUGUUAUCCAAUUCAGUUGACAUAUUUGCCCCCAUAAAAUCACAAAAACUCAAGACCUUCAGUGAUCAGGUAAAGCCGAAAAAAAAAUCUGCAGCAGGCAAGGAAGUAAUUUUGCGUGCUGACAAGAAGUUAUUUUCCAGGCUCCUCAUCCUUGGUCAGAGCAGAAAAAUUGAAAUGAGGGAAAUCCUGUCAUAUUCCUUGGGAACUGUGUCAUAUCCAUUAGCAAGUGCUGAUGGUUUACUUGCCAAAACAAAUAAAUCAGCUCUCAUGGAUCUAUUAGAGAACAAAGGUGGAGACUGCUUGGUUGACCAAGUUCCAGUGGAUGGUGCCAUUCUUUUUGAUGGUAUGGCAGUCAUACAGGCCAUGCGAUCCAGACCAGGGACAUUUGGAGAGCUAGCAGAGACCAUACUGCAGAACAUACUCCAACUCGCUUUGCAACACAAGUGUACACGCAUUGACUUUGUCACUGACCAGUAUCCACUCAUCAGUAUCAAAAACCUAGAACGGUCACGCAGAGCUGAUGCAGGGUCACAACGCAUGCAAAUCUUUGGCCCGGAUCAGAGGGCCCCAACCCAAUGGAAAAGGUUUCUCUCAGAAGGAACAAAUAAGGAAGCACUUCCUCUGCUUGUACAUCACACAUAAAGAUGAAUGUCACUGUGUGACUGUUAUGGAGGGUGUACAGUCUGUUCAUGUUGUUGAAGACCUGCAGUGUGAUCAUGAAGAAUAUGACACAAGGGUGUUUUUACAUGCACAACAUGCUGCAAGGGAGCAUCAAGCUGUCAUUAUCAAGAGCUCUGACACUGAUGUGGCAGUCAUUGCUGUAAGUGUGCAGACAGAAUUACCAUGCAGCUUAUAUGUUUUCACAGGGACUGGCAACAGGACACGUAUCAUUGACAUAACCAAGGUGUCAUCAGCGCUCGGAACCAGUGUGGUCUCAGCCUUGAUUGGAAUUCACACUUUCUCUGGGUGUGACUCCACAAGUGCCUUUUAUGGCAAAGGAAAAAGAAAGACAUUUUCUGUUGCAUGUGAGAAAGAUGAGUACCUUAAGGCUUUUAAAAGUUUAGGUACUAACUUUAACUUGGAGCAGUCAACAUUUGCACUUCUUUGCCAGUAUGUAUGCCACUUAUAUGAUCAACCAGCUGCCGAAAAUGUAAAUGAAGCUAGGUACAAGGCUUUCUGUAUGGCAUCAUCAGCCUUGCCAGAAUUGUGCAUCCCCCCCACUACCGAUGCCCUUCAUCAGCACUGCAAAAGGGCAAACUACCAGGCUGCAAUAAUGAGGUCCUGUCUCAAAGCAAAUAUAAGUGCUCCAUCACCUGCUGGAUAUGGUUGGCAAAUAGAGGAUGGGAACUUACACGUCACUUGGAUGACAAGAAACCCGGCCCCUGACAGUGUUUUGCAUGUGAUACAUUGCGGCUGCAAAAGUGCCUGUGAGACCAGCAGAUGUUCCUGUGUUAUUGCAGGCCUGUGUUGCACAGACUUAUGUCGUUGUUGUAAUUGUGCCAACACAAAAGAAAAAGAGCAGCUGGAAGAUAACUGUCCUGACUCUGACAGUGAGGAAUAGAAGUGUCCUUAUUCUCUUUGUACAGUUGUGUAUAUAUCUGAUUUCAUAUUUUUCAUAAAGAUUGUUUUUUAUGGUU